GAACCAUGGGCAAAUACUCGGACGACUCGGACUGGGACGACAUUGUGCCCCUGCCUCAAGAUGACGGCGGCCCCAAUCCUCUCGCCGCAAUCGCAUACACAGACGAAUAUGCGGAAGCAAUGUCCUACCUCCGCGCCGUCAUGGCCAAGAACGAAAUGAGCGAGAGAGCUCUCAGUCUGACCGAGGACAUCAUCGACAUGAAUGCUGCCCACUACACUGUCUGGUACGUCCACUUUCCUCAACCCUCUUACCCCUGCGAAACAGACUCGCUAACCUUCCAACAGGNNCUAUACCGCUCCGAGAUCCUCAAAGCCCUCAACGCAGACCUCGCCAAAGAGCUAGAAUGGCUCAACGAAACCGCCCUCGCCCACCAGAAGAACUACCAGAUCUGGCACCAUCGCCAACUCGUCGUGGACCGCUUGGAUUCCUGCAAGGGCGAGGCAGAUUUUAUCUCGCAAAUGUUUGAGCUGGAUUCGAAGAACUAUCAUGUGUGGAGCUACAGACAAUGGCUGGUGCGCAGAUUCGACCUUUGGGAUGAGGGAGAGUUGGAGGCCACAGAGAAGUUGAUUGACGAGGAUGUGAGGAACAAUUCUGCUUGGAACCAUCGCUUCUUCCUUGUUUCUGGGAGCACACCGCCAAAGAUUGGGGACAAGGGUGUGGNNUUUGCUCAAGAUGCCAUCCGCAAGGCACCACAAAACCAGUCGCCUUGGAACUAUCUCAGAGGCAUCAUUACUGCGGCCAAAAUGCCAUUGUCUUCACAAUUGAAUUUUGUCAAUGGGUUUGCAACUGUAGACUCGGAGCAUGAGGAUGCUGUCAAGUCUAGCCAUGCACUUGACAUACUUGCCGAGAUCUAUGCUGCCGAAAAGGAACAGAGUGCUAAAGCUGUCAAGGCUUAUGACUUGCUGGCUUCCAAGUAUGAUCCCAUCAGAGCCAACUAUUGGGCAUACCUCAAGGAUCAGUUGAGUGAGGGUCAGGUGGCUGCC